AUCUCACACAUCAAGACAUCCAGGAGCCUCCACAUCAUGUGUCAGAUCCCAGUCUUCUGCUGGAUCUCUGCUACAGUUCUGGAGCACAUGUUGACCACAGAGCAGAGAGGAGAGCUCCCCAAGACCCUGACUGACCUGUACUCACACUUCCUGCUGGUUCAGACAAAGAGGAAGUAUGAUGAGGGACAUGAGACAAGUUCACAGGAGCUGACGAAGGCUGACAGGGAAGUUCUUCUGAAGCUGGGGAGGCUGGCGUUUGAACAUCUGGAGAAAAGAAACAUCAUGUUCUACCAAGAAGACCUGGAGCACUGUGGUCUUGAUGCCUUGGUUUACUCAGGAGUUUGUACAGAGAUCUUUAAAAGAGAGAGUGUGAUCUUCCAGAAAACAGUCUACUGCUUUGUUCAUCUGAGCAUUCAGGAGUUUCUGGCUGCAGUCUACAUGUUCCACUGUUACACAGAGAGGAAGACAAGACAGCUGAGGACUUUCCUGGGACAAGACUACAAACACUGGGACUCAAAACCUUCAAAGUGUUUUGAAAAUAACAGUAGUAGCUACCCAUCGCUCGAUGUCCUCCUGAGUGAUGCCAUGGAGAAAUCCAUCGAAAGUGAAAAUGGCCACCUGGACCUGUUUGUUCGCUUCCUUCAUGGCCUGUCUCUGGAGUCCAACCAGAGACUCUUAGGAGGCCUUCUGGGUCAGACAGAGAACAGACCAGAAAUCAUCCAGGGAGCCAUCGACAACCUGACGGAGAUGAACACAGAUGAUAUCUCUCCUGACAGAAGCAUCAACAUCUUCCUCUGUCUGAUGGAGAUGAAUGACCACUCAGUACAUCAGGAGAUCCAAGAGUUCCUGAAGUCAGAGAACAGAUCAGAGAAGAGACUCUCUGAGAUCCACUGUUCAGCUCUGGCCUACGUUCUGCAGAUGUCAGAGGAGGUUCUGGAUGAGUUGGACCUGGACAAGUACGACACAUCAGAGGAGGGAAGACGGAGACUGAUCCCAGCUGUGGGGAACUGCAGAAAGGCUGUAUUGAGUUCCUGCAGUUUGUCAGAGAUCAGCUGUGCUUCUCUGGCCUCAGCUCUGAAGCCCAACCCCUCCCAUCUGAGACACCUGGAGCUGAGUGACAACUACCUGCAGGAUUCAGGAGUGAAGCUGCUGUGUGGUUUUCUGGAGAGUCCACACUGUAGACUGGAAACUCUGAGACUGAGCAGCUGUAACCUCUCAGAGAGAAGCUGUGAAGCUCUGUCCUCAGUUCUCAGCUCCCAGUCCUCUAGUCUGAGGGACCUGGACCUGAGUAACAACAAGCUGCAGGAUUCAGGGGUGAAGCUUCUGUCUGCUGGACUGAAAAGUCCACAGUGUAACCUGGAGAUUCUCAGACUGAGCAGCUGUAACCUCUCAGAGAGAAGCUGUGAAGUUCUGUCCUCAGUUCUCAGCUCCCAGUGCUCUCGUCUGAGGGACCUGGACCUGAGUAACAACAAGCUGCAGGAUUCAGGGGUGAAGCUUCUGUCUGCUGGACUGAAGAGUCCACACUGUACCCUGGAGACUCUCAGACUGAGCAGCUGUAACCUCUCAGAGAGAAGCUGUGAAGCUCUGUCCUCAGUUCUCAGCUCCCAGUCCUCUAGUCUGAGACACCUGGACCUGAGUAACAAUGACCUGCAGGAUCCAGGAGUGAAGUUUCUGUCCGCUGGACUGAAGAGUCCACACUGUACCCUGGAGACCCUCAGGCUGUCAGGAUGUCUGAUCACAGAGGAAGGAUGUGCUUCUCUGGCCUCAGCUCUGAGCUCCAACCCCUCCCAUGUGAGAGAGCUGGACCUGAGCUACAAUCAUCCAGGAGACUCAGGAGUGAAGCUGCUGUCUGCUGGACUGGAGGAUCCACACUGGAGACUUGACACCCUCAGGGUGGAGCCUGGUGGAGUCCAAUGGUUGAGAUCAGGUCUGAGGAAGUAUUUCUGUGAACUCACCAUCGACACAAACACAGUAAACAGAAACCUCAAACUGUCUGACAACAACAGGAAGGUGACACAUGUGGAGGAGGAUCAGUCAUAUCCUGAUCAUCCAGACAGAUUUGACCAGUGGCCUCAGCUGCUGUGUAGUAAUGGUCUGACUGGUCGCUGUUACUGGGAGGUCGAGUGGAGAGGAAGGGUUGAUAUAUCAGUGAGUUACAGAGGAAUCAAAAGUAAAGGAGACACAGAAAACUCUGUUUUUGGAGAGAACGAUCAGUCCUGGAGUCUGAGCUGCUCUGAUGGUCGUUACUCUUUUUGGCACAAUAACAGAAAGACACGUCUCUCUUUCUCCUCCUCCUUUUCAUCAUCUUCCUCUGUCUCUGACAGAGUAGCAGUAUAUGUGGACUGUCCUGCUGGCUCUCUGUCCUUCUACAGAGUCUCCUCUGACUCACUCAUCAACAUCUACACCUUCAACACCACAUUCACUGAACCUCUGUAUCCUGGGUUUAGUUUCUGGGAGUCUGGUUCCUCAGUGUCUCUGUAGAGUGUAGCAGGGAGAGUCUCCUCCUGUUAGAGCUGUCCUUGAAAAUAGUGGGGCGCGGUGCGAUGCCGGGGGGGCGCGUGUGACCCUGGGGAACAUGCUUUCUUUUUUUGGGUACUAGAAUAAAGUGUAAUUGCACAUCCACUACAGAAGGUGGCAGUGGUGCUCUCAUUGUCAGAGUGUGCACAGGGAGUAUAAAAGCUAUGCUGUAGGCGAUAUGAAGUGCAGUGAACAAACCCUCAAGAGACACCAUGGAAAAAGGGAUGAAAAGAAAUGCGGAGAGAGACAGAGGUAAUGAGACAAACGAAAGUCACCUGAAAGCUAAGACGAGGAAAUAUGACGAAGCGUAUGUAGCGCUUGGCUUCACUGUGAAUACGGUGGGAGACGAGGAAAGACCGGUGUAUUUGUGUCUUAAAAUGUUGGCAGCAGACAGCAUGAAGCCAAAUAAAUUAAGGCGUCACUUAAAGACAUUACACCCCAGUCACGCUGAUUGCCCGCUUGAGUUUUUUCAGCGAAAACGUGCCGAAUAUUGCCAACAAUCAUCCCGCUUUGUGAAUGCUAAUUCAGUAAACCAGCGAGCACUGUUAGCAUCAUAUAAGAUGGCGUACCAAAUUGCUCAGUGAAAAAAACCCUACACCAUAGCAGAGGAGCUGAUACUGCCUGCAGCAUUAGACGUGGUCUCUGUUAUGCUGGACGACGCAAGUGCUGCGAAAAUAAAAACUAUCCCUCUGUCCAAUGACACUGUUGCCAAGAACAGCUGGUAGAUAAACUCAAAGACAAACCUUUUGCCUUACAAUUCUAUGAAGCAACUGACAGGAACAAAGACUGUUUACUGCUUAUGUACAUUUUGACAUGACAAUCUCCCUGUGUGAGGAUCUACUAUUUUAAUAUGUCAGAGACAGAGCCACAGCUGAAUAGCUAUUCAAAAUGCUGGACUGCUUCCUGACUGAGAAUGGGCUAAAGUGGGAGAACUGCAUUGGUGUUUGCAGUGAUGGUGCACAGACCAUGGCAGGGAUGAGAAAAGGACUCUGGGCACUCAUCAAAAAGGCCUCACCUAAUGCUGAGUGGACACACUGUGUUAUACAUAGAGAAGCACUGGCCUCAAGGCACCACAUUGAGACUGAGGUUCACAUCACAGACACUGAGUGAAUUCUACCUGAAUGUAGAGAGGCAGUAUCCGCUCUUAGGACAGAAGGCUAUGGGCAUUCUUCUUCCUUUUGCAACAUCAUAUCUUUGUGAGACUGGCUUCUCUGCUGUUGCUGCACUGAAGACCAAGUACAGGUCCCAGCUAAACAUUGAGAAUUGCAAUGUCAUGCAAACCCCUCUUCGAAAAGCUGUGCACUGCAAAACGUGCUCAAUGUCGCCAUUAAUCCUGACUUCCUCAUUUUGAUAAAAAAAAUCAGCACAAAUUAUUUUAUUCAUUUUUGUUUUGUAGGUUAAAGUGUUUUAUAUAUUGUUCUACUGAGUUAAGGUUGCAGAUCAAUUUGAAUUUAUUGUUAUUUAUUGAUUUUAUUUAAUUUUAUUUUUCAGUAUCAAAUGGCAGUCAGUCAAAAAAUGUUUAUAGUUUAAAUAAGGAUUUUUUUUUUUUUAAUUUCAGGCAAAUUGAUGCACUUUAAAUCUUUUUUGUUACAGACUAAAAAACAGUUCUUUGUUGUAAGUUGAUCUAUAUUUCUUUCUUUUUUCUUUUUUGUUGUCUUUAAUGUUAAUAAGGAUGCAGUGUUAUGGAGAGGGCGCGUAAGAAAAUAAUUGAGAAGCACUGUGUUAGAGAAACUCUCUCACUGUUUAACAGAUAGUUCAGUCUGUCUCUUUCACUCACACUCACCUUUUCAGAUUCAUGUAUUAAAGCAGUUUAUUUGUUAAACUC